AUGAACACUCUGCAGACCCACUUCUGGGCAGUUCGAGACUAUCUCGCACCAGUAUUGAGAGAGUCCAAGUUCAAGGAGCAUGGCAGAAUCACUCCAGAUGAAUUCGUAGCUGCUGGCGACUUCCUCUCCUACAAGUUUCCCACAUGGCAAUGGUGUGCGGGCAGCACAUCAAAGGCAAGAGACUAUCUCCCGAAAGACAAGCAGUUCCUCAUCUCCUGCGGCGUACCUUCGCUACGACGUGUCAGUCAGAUCGAGAAGGGCGUCGGUGUAGGUGUCAAGGAUGACGACGAAAAGCUCAUGAGCUUCGACGAGAGCGGUGCCGAAGCUGGUGAAGAUGAUCAAUGGGUUGCAACGCAUUUCGAUCCGCAAAGAGGGCCAAGUGGGCGUGCGGGAGAGAUGAUGGAUAUUCCUGAUAUCGGUGAGGACCAGUCUGCGCCCGAGAAUCAGCUUACAGAGGGUCAAGAGGACGAUCUCGCUGCUCGCGUGGCUGGCAUCACCGUCAGCACCCAAGGCUCCUCGCAAGGGCCGGCUACGUCAGCCAACGAGAUCGGCGAUAUCCCAGACAUUCCAGACAUGGACGACGAGACGGACGACCUUGCAGGCGGUAUCGAAGAGGAAGACGAUCCUGCCACAGCCGCUGUCCCAAACGUUUCGAAUACUGCUUCGGCCUCUGCUUCGGGCGCAGACAAUGGUAAGCUUCUCUCGGUCCGCAAGUACGACUGCAUCAUAACCUACGACAAGUACUAUCAAACACCGCGCAUGUGGCUUGUAGGCUACGACGAGCAUGGUGUGCCACUCAAACCUGCACAGAUCUUUGAAGAUGUCUCCUCUGACUACGCACAGAAGACAGUCACCAUCGAGCCUUUCCCACAUGGUCAUGCUGGGCCGGACAGCUCAGCUACCUCGUCCGCUUCAGCGGUUGGUGUGGCAACGGCGAGCAUCCAUCCGUGCAAGCACGCAAGUGUGAUGAAGAAAGUUAUCGAGCGUAUGAAUGCUUCGGUGAUUGAGGAGCAGAGGAAAGCAGCAGCUGCGUCAGGGGCGACACCAGGAGCGGGGGAGAAAAAAAAGAAGAAAGGUUGGAGCGUGUCAAGUGCUGUCAAGCGUGUUACUGGUGGGUCGGGGGCCGGGGCGGAUGGUGCAAGUUCGGCAGGGGCAGGGGCAGGGGCAGGGGCAGGGGAAGCAGCGGGCGAAGCUGGUGCAGAUGGCGAGGAAGAGGUUGAAGGUCUUCGUGUCGAUCAGUACAUGAUCAUUUUCCUCAAGUUCAUGGCAUCUAUCGUUCCUGCUAUUGAGAUUGAUGCCACUCAGGCUUUGUAG